AUGUUUCGUCAAAUCAACGUUCACCCAGAUGAUUGGGACUAUCAACGUAUCCUCUGGGUCCAUGAUGACAAUCAACCUCAAUCUUUUCAUCUCACCACUGUAACAUAUGGUACACGUCCAGCACCAUAUCUCGUUGGCCCCGUGCUCAAACAGCUAAUCAUUGAUGAAGGAGAUAAGUAUCCACUAGCUGUUAAGCCUUUUGAGAAAGGCAGUUACGUGGAUGAUAUCUGUGGAGGAGCUGACAACUUGCAUCAUCUCAACAACAUCGCAUCUCAAAUAGAAGCCAUAUGUCUAGCUGGUUGCUUCCCACUAGCCAAGUGGAAAACUAACCAUCCUCAUUUUAAUAAAUUGUCAUCAUAUAACAUCUCAAAUUUUCGAGAGUUCAACGAAUCGACAUCCAAAAUUCUUGGACUUUCCUGGAAGUGUCAACCAUAUCAUCUCACAUUCACUGGUCAUACAUCUCAAAAGGCUGCUAUUACCAAAAGAUCAAUUCUCUCAGAAACAGCCCAGUUAUUUGAUCCACUGGGACUCAUCUCACCUGUUGUCAUCAAAGCCAUGAUCUUGAUGCAAGAUCUAUGGCUAGAAAAAAUUGGAUGGGACGAAGUACUAUCGCCUCAGAUAAUUCACCGCUGGAAAAAGUUCCGAGAUGAAUUACCUAAAUUAUCUCAACUUAAAAUUCCUCGCUGGCUCAACAUCUCAUCAGACACCUCAAACAUCGAGAUCCACGGAUUCUCAGAUGCAUCACAGCAAGCUAUGGCAGCUGCUGUCUAUAUCAAGACUCAUUAUCACCUUAUACCAGCAAAAAUAACUCUUGUCUGUGCCAAGACUCGAGUUGCACCACUGAAACGUCUCAGCAUUCCUCGUCUCGAAUUAUCAGCAGCUUUCCUUCUCACUGAACUCAUCUCACACGUGCAAGCAACGCUAAACCUUCAAGAGGUUCCAGUUUUUCUGUGGACAGACUCAGCGGUCGCUGUUGCAUGGAUCAAUCAAGAACCAAGUAAGUGGAAGGAAUUUGUAAAGAAUCGAGUACAAGCUAUUCAACAGAAUCUACCAGCAGCUAACUGGAAAUUCAUCUCAGGAAAGCAAAAUCCUGCAGACUCAGCUUCCAGAGGCUUAACACCAUCUUAA